UCGAGCUUGCGUCAGUGAGCGCUUCUCCGGAGGCUUACCCUCUAUUAGCCCCCGGUGCGCGGAGGAGGACGCUCACCGGAUUCCAGGGCAACUAGAAUUCACUGCGGGUGUUCGGCCUCCGCGGAAGAGGAAUCUGCCUGUCCCCUCCAGCAGCCCGGCGGGGAGGCGGGGCCCUGCAGAGCCGUUCGUGCGGGCCGGGGGGGCUCCCCUUGACCUCUCGUUGGCCCGAGGAGGUAGGCGCCCUAGGCCCGUCCGCCCCGCCGUGCCCGCGCCCGUGCCCGCUCCUUGCUCGUGCCCGCGACCUCAGUCUGAUGUAGGCAUCAGGCUGGUCUUGGAGGCUCAGAGUUUGUAUUCAGACCUGAAUUGGCCCACGGAGGAUCACCUUUCUCCUGGAUCUUUGUAACACCUUCCUCAUUGGUCUUUCCACCUUUAUCCUUUCCCUGCAGGUCUUUUGUGUGCUACCAAACUUGUCUUUGAUGCUUACCUGUUUGGCCAGGUGACAACCCCUUUUCCCUACUCUCCCGUGGCCCGCUUGUCAUAAGUGUCUAGUUGCAGUUGACAAAGCCCUCCACUUGUUUCUUUUCAACUAUCUUAUUUUUAAAUUUUCAUUUCUUACCCUUCAGAAAACAAUAACCAUUCAAAUAACCUUUAGGAAACAUGCUCUGCUUCCUAUAUGAUCUUAUGCCAAGCUAUAUCACCCCGGCAGGAAUCCCAUCCUCUCUAGGAAGUCUUUCUUGACUAGAACCUGAUAUACUUUUAGAUCACAUAAAAAAAUAGGAAAAUUCUCCCAGCACAUUUUGAGUGUUAUAUUCCAAGUCAUUGCCCCAGACCGUCCAAAAUUUUCUAUUAAAUUAGAUUUCUCUUCGGGAAGGGAAGUCCAGCUAAAUUAAAUCGUUGUAGUAAAAAACAGUAGAGCAUUGUUACUCCCAAAUCUCCCCUUCCUCUCCCCCAACACCCAGUCUAAGAAGGUAGCACAUACUGAAUUGAGAAGCAAAGAGGUACCAGGUAGAAGGUCUUGGCUAUAAUUGGAAACUGGGAAAAUUUUUAAAAGAAACUUCUUUUGGCAAGUGAUAGCAUUUCUUGCCAGGUUCCUUAGUGUUGGGCUUUGAGAGUAAAAUUUCCAGCCUCAGAAAACAUUUUCAUCAAAAAAGCAUUUAUCAAAAGCUUGUAUAUUUCUUACUGCCACACUGAGUCUCAGGAGUGAAGAAGAGAAAAAGAGACUAAAAUUCUAUUAUCUAUUUUCCGCUGUCUUAGAAGUUCUGAAUUGCCAAGAACUCAGGAAAUAAGUAAGGUUAGGAUCCCAUCUGUUGAUUGUAUAAACGUACAGUUAAAAUGUCUGGAAAGCGGAAGCGUGUAGUGUUGACAAUUAAAGAUAAACUUGACAUUAUAAAGAAACUUGAAGAAGGUAGCUCUUUCAAAGGACUUUCAGUUGUUUAUGGGAUUGGCGAAUCAACAGUUCGGGAUAUAAAAAAGAACAAAGAGAGAAUUAUAACUUAUGCAAAUAGUUCAGAUCCAACAAGUGGUGUAUCCAAACGUAAAUCUAUGAAGUCAUCAACAUAUGAGGAACUUGAUAGGGUCAUGAUAGAAUGGUUCAACCAGCAAAGAAAUGAGGGGAUUCCAGUAUCUGGAACAAUUUGUGCGAAGCAAGCAAAAUUCUUCUUUGAUGCUUUGGGGAUGGAAGGUGAUUUUAAUGCAUCAUCUGGCUGGCUAACCCGUUUUAAACAGCGACACGGCAUUCCGAAGGUUGCUGGUCAAGGUACAAAGUUAAGUGGGGAUGAAACAGCAGCCAGUGAAUUUUGCUGCAACUUCAGGGAAUUUGUUGAAAAAGAGAAUCUUCAACCAGAGCAGAUUUAUAGUGCUGACCAAACUGGAUUAUUUUGGAAGUGUCUACCAUCAAGGACAUUAGCUUUUGAAACAGAACACAGUACUUCUGGGUAUAGAUCAAGCAGAGAGAGAAUCAUCAUUAUGUGUUGCGCUAAUGCCACUGGUUUACACAAACUUAAUCUUUGUGUAGUGGGGAAAGCAAAGAAACCCCGUUCAUUUAAAGGAACUGAACCUUCCAACCUCCCUGUCUCUUACUUCAGUCAAAAAGGUGCGUGGAUAGAACAUCCUGUUUUCAGGCAAUGGUUUGACAAAAAUUUUGUGCCACAGGUAAGAAAGAAUUUAAAAUCCAAAGGGUUGCUGGAAAAAGCAGUAUUACUUUUGGAUUUUCCACCAGCCCAUCCAGAUGAAGAAAUCUUGAGUUCAGAUGAUGGUAAAAUAUUUGUGAAAUAUUUGCCUCCUAAUGUGACAGCUUUAAUUCAACCUAUGAGCCAAGGAAUUUUAGCCACAGUGAAGAGGUAUUACCGAGCAGGACUUUUUCAGAAGUACAUGGAUGAAGGUAUCGACCUUAAAAUGUUUUGGAAGAACCUCACUGUGUUAGAUGCUAUUUAUGAAGUGUCAAGGGCAUGGAAUAUGAUAAAAUCAGUGACCAUUACAAGAGCAUGGAAUAAGCUUUUCCCUGGUAGUGAGGAAAAUAUAGGCUUGAACUUUGAUGAGGGAGCUAUUUUAGCAGCUAACUUAGCUACAGUUUUACAGCAUACAGAAGGUUGUGAAAAUGUCGAUAUUGAAAACAUCGAAGACUGGUUUGAAGCUGAGAAUACUGAGCCGAGUUAUGAUGUUUUAACAGAUAGUGAAGGAACACAGGGCCAGGUAGACCAAGCUGAUCACUCAGGUAAAAAUGAGGAUGUAGAGGAAACAGAGCUUAUUUCACAAAGGCACAUUAGCCAUAAAUCAGCUCUUGAAUGGACUGAGAAUUUACUAGAUUACUUGGAACAGCAGGAUGAUAUGCUUCUGUCUGACAAAUUGGUAUUAAGAAGGCUUCGAACCACAAUAAGAAAGAAACAGAAGACCCAAAAUAAUAGCAAGAGUCAGUAACAAUGUUUUUAAGUGUUUGUGACUUUGUGACUAUUAACUUGCACUGAAGCUUCAUUAUUUAGUGUUGUUAAUUCCAAAUCCAAAUACAUUUUAUAAAUGAAUUUAGGAUUACCAAUGCCACUGCUUUCUUCCAGUAACACUGAUAACUAAGAGUUAAUCUGUAACCUUCCUAUUGUUUCUAAUCUUUAUUGUAUUAAUUAGAUCAUGUGUCUCAUGAAGCCGGUGAUCCUGUGUCUUGUUUUGUAUCCAAAUGGCAUAGAGUCUAAUAUGGGGCCAUCUACUUUUGGCUUCUCAAUAAAUACUAACUGAAUUGUA